CUAGCAACGCAACGCCGCCGCCGGGCGCGGCCCCGAUGGGCUCCCGCGGGCAGCCCGAGCCCUGCCGCCAGCCCCGGGCGCCGUGCGAGGCUCAGGGGCCGCGCUCGUCCUCCUGUUUGCCGCCGGGCUCGGAGCCGUCCGGCCCGCUGGGCUUAGCGCCCGAACCGCGGCACGAUGAGCUGCGCAUCCCCGCCCCGCUGCGCGCCAGCUGUCCCGGCACCUGCGACAGGGCGACGUCGCCGGGCCCGCCGGACCUCCGGUCCGGCCACGGGCCUGCCGGGGAGCGGGACGGGAAGAAAGAGCCGCCGGGGCAGCAGCAACCCGCGGGGGAACCGUACGAAAGGCAUUCAGAUAACGUCCCGUGGUACAUCCGUACCAUUAAUGAAAAGGAAGAGUGUCUCUCAACGCUGGUAGCUGAGAUCGAUCGUCUUGCAAAGUACCAGGCAGAGUGUGCACAGAAAGAUGUUGUGAUUGCUAAUCUCCUGAGGGAAGUGGAAAGGCUGAAGAAACAGCUGAAGUUGCUCAAGGACAGUGCAGACACAGAGGAGCACACAGAAACAAAACAAAGGAGCUCAAGUGAAGAUGCCACUGACGUUCUCAAUGAAGCCAGUGCCCUGGGAGCCAUUCUAGAGCAGGCAGAAGCAGAGAAGCAGGCCCUGAUGGCUCAGCUCACUGCGUUCCAGAAAGCCCACAAAGAACUCUGUGCAGAACUACAAAAAGCAGAGGAUGACUACAACAUGGCCACAGGUGCCAUGUGUUCCUUGCAAAGACAACUGGAGAUCCAAGAAUCCCAGCUUCGGAGGACCAAAUCUGAAAAUGAAAGGCUCCAGAAGGAGAUCAGAGGGCGAGAAAAUCAGCUGCAAGCCAUGUCUGCCAAGUUUGGCAGUCUGAGAGAAGAACGGAAACACGAAGAAAUGAUGGCAGCAAUGGAGAAGGAGAACUACAGUCUUCAACAGGUUGUUACGGAGCAAGAAUCCAAACUGCGUGAGCAGAUGGAACUGAUCAGUGGUUUACAGGGUACAACGUGGCAGCUACAGGCAGAGGCUCUGACCAAUCGGUACCACAUCCAGAAGCAGCAACAUGCCCAAGAGAAGUUGCAGAGCCAAACUGAAAUGCUGCAGCACACAGAGCUACAAACCAGAGUGGCACUUGAGCGUGUCACCAGCAAGGAUGCAGGGCUCACGCCUCACCUCCAAAAGGAACCACGCUCUGCCCGCAGCCCAUGGAUGGCACGGCCCCGCUCAGCUCCGAGCACAGCCAGCUGCUGCUCUGCGUGCGUACGGAGCGAGGCUCUAACACAGGAACCUGCAGCUCCCCCGUGGAAGGAAGCAUACAUCUAUAUUAAACAUACAAACGUUAUGAAUAUAUAUAUAUAGUAUUGAUAUAUUUGGAAGAGUUAAAAUUCAUAUAAAGACUUUCAAAAUGUAACUGUGCUGAUCUACCUGUGAAAUCCACACAUUUGUAGGCAGGCUGCACGCAAGCUGUGUUAUAAAAUCAGUGCUGUGCACAAAGCAGCACCACACAUUCGCUCCCUGACAGCAUAAAUCACAGCCAGGCUUCAGCACUGAAGGCCACGCACGGUUUGUGGCCAGUGAAAUAUCCCUCAGGUCUGGGUGCUCCUUGUGCACACGCCCUGACAGAGCAGCUAAGCUGAGUAUUAAUGCUGUUAACACUCUAGGAUUUGCAAAAGGGAAAACAAAAAGCCCUCUUAGCUUUCUUCAGCUGCACUGCAUCCCCUCGCUCUUUUUUUUCAUUACACAAACAGGUAAGGAAGAAUUCUGCCUUAUGGAAUUGGCAUUUCACCAAUUGAAUGGUUCAGGAGUUUAGCUGUACAGGGCCAUACAGCUCUUCAGUUACACAUUUUGUGUACUCUGAUACACGUUCCCUCUCACAUGCACAUACAUUCUUCAUUCCACCUUACACCAAAUGCCCGCUCAUACCAUCGCUCACCUCCACCACCGUGGAGCCCCUGAGCAGCCCACAGGGCUGUGCUCACCAUGGCAUUAAGCACAGCAUCCCUCCAUAUGAACCCUGUACUCCUCAGGGUUUGGUUUGGGCUGUUUUUGUGACGAGGAAGCAAUCACAACCUUCCUUGUGCAUGAUGGGGAAACGAGGUGGGCGGCUGCAAUGGAGGAUUUGCUCCUUUUUAAUCAGAAAACCACAGUGCUGCAUAGAGCUGCCAUGGCAGCCAUGGAGCAGUGCCCUGACUGUUCUGCUCCACACCUACACACAGCCUCAGCU